AAACUAUCUAAGAACUACAUUUUGUGGUGUUUCUUCACCCCUUCUCUAAGCUCUCUUGAUUCUUGCAACUCAUGGCUAUUUAUAGGUGAAUUUAGUCUAGAAAUGAGCCAACUAGGGGUGAAGUGAGAAAAGGUGACCAGAAAUCAAAGUUAAAUGAAAGUGAUGACGAGGAAAAUAGGUCAUCUGAGACUCUAGAUGCAGAUAAAUCACAAAAUCCAGUUCACGAUGAUGUUAUAUCUGAUAUGGAUUAUUUCAGAAGUCGAGUAAAGAAAGAGUGGUCAGAUUCAGAAGGUGAAGAUGGAGAAAAUGAGGAUAGUUAUGAGGAAGGAGAUAUCGAAAAUGGUAACAGUGAUUCUCGGAGGCAAACCAAAGAUGAAAUGGAUAUUGAAGAUGAAGAUGAAGAAGAUGUCCAACAAGAAAAUGACAAAGAUGGAGAUGGUGAAGAACCUGUUGACGAACUGAUUGAGACUGAAGGACCAUCAUCAACUGUGGAAGAUCCAAAAGAAGUUCUGGAGAGUGGCCGUCUAUUUGUCCGUAAUUUGCCAUAUACUACCACAGAAGAGGAACUUGAAGAGCACUUUGGAAAAUUUGGAAAUGUCUUGCAAGUCCAUAUUGUUGUGGAUAAAGAUACGAAACGGUCCAAGGGGAUUGCUUAUGUUCUAUAUGCGCUUCCAGAAUCUGCUUCUAGGGCACUAGAAGAACUGGAUAGUUCCAUUUUCCAAGGAAGAUUACUGCAUGUUAUGGUGGCAAAACAAAACAGUUCUUCUGAGAAACAAAAGACCAAUGUGUUGACUCAACAGUCUGCAAAAACCUUUAAGCAACAGAAGGUGGAGGAGAGGAAGACAUCUGAGGCUAGUGGAAAUACACGAUCAUGGAAUAGCUUGUUCAUGCGCCCUGAUACAGUUGUGGAAAAUAUUGCUCGAAAAUUUGGCGUAAGUAAGAGCGACCUUUUAGAUAAGGAAGCUGAUGACUUGGCUGUUCGUAUUGCUCUGGGAGAAACUCAAGUGAUUGCGGAGACAAAAAAGGCUUUGGCAAAUGCUGGGGUCAAUGUUGCUUCCUUGGAGGAUUUUGCUUCUGGAAAAACUGAUGGUAUAAAAAGAAGCAACCAUGUUAUUUUAGUGAAGAACUUGCCUUAUGGAUCAUCUGAAGGUGAACUAGCUAACAUGUUUGGGAAAUAUGGGAGCCUGGACAAAAUAAUUCUACCUCCGUCAAAAACCUUGGCUUUGGUUGUCUUCCUUGAAGCGGCUGAAGCACGUGCAGCUUUCAGGGGUUUAGCUUACAAGCGUUACAAAGAUGCUCCACUGUACUUGGAAUGGGCACCUGCAAACAUCCUUAGUCAAAAUGCAUCAUCUUCAGAUGGUUCAGAUGAUAAUGUUGUUGGUGAGCAUGAUGUAAAGAAAGUUUUGUUAGAGCAACAAAGAGGAAUUACGGAUGCUGACGUUGAUCCUGACAGGGUUGAGUCGAGAUCUUUGUACGUGAAAAACCUGAACUUCAAAACAUCUGAUGAGAGCUUGAAAAAGCAUUUCAUCGGACACCUGAAGGAAGGAAGAGUACAGAGUGUCCGGGUGAAGAAACAUGUAAAGAAUGGGAAAAAUGUUUCUAUGGGUUUUGGUUUUAUAGAGUUUGAUUCCAUGGAUACAGCAAUGAAUGUUUGCAGAGAUUUACAGGGAACUGUUUUAGAUGGGCACGCACUUAUUUUGCAACUUUGUCAUGCUAAGAAGGACGAACAAGUGCCUAAAAUAGGGGAGAAUGAUAGGAGUUCGACAAAAUUAAUAGUGAGAAAUGUAGCUUUUGAGGCGACGGAGAAAGAUCUUAAACAAUUAUUCAGUCCAUUUGGCCAGAUAAAGCAUUUGAGGUUGCCAAUGAGGUUCGGGAAGCACAGAGGUUUUGCCUUUGUGGAAUAUGUGACAAAGCAAGAGACAAAGAAUGCUCUUCAAGCUCUUUCUAACACCCAUCUGUAUGGUCGCCAUCUGGUUUUGGAGAGAGCAAAAGAAGGUGAGAGCUUAGAGGAACUGCGGGCUCGUACAGCUGCUCAGUACACUGAUGGGCAAAGUUCUACUAAAUUAUCCAAGAAAAGGAAGCACAUGGCUGUCUUGGAUGAAGGCAGUCUUAGGUUUGAGAGAAUUGCAGAUUAGCUGGGUGGUUUGACAUUGUUCUUUCUUUUGUAUAUUAUAGAAAAGAAAUGAUGAAGAUUAACUUCUUAUUCCUCCAUAAAAAAAAAAAGGAAAGAAAAGAUUAACUUCUUAGUCUUGCUUAGUUCUUUCUUGUGUAGUAUGGCUCCAUUUUUCCCAGUUGGCAGCCGUUAUCUGGCAUACGAUCUCUUCUAUAAGAAUGCCAUUGUAAGAUUAGAGGGGUGUUUUACAAGGGCUAGUAAAAUAAGUACUAAAGUUCUUUAUAGAUUUUGUAAUUUUUGCGCUAUGCUGGAUUGAUUUCCAACUUUUCUUGAAA